CUGGAAGAUUAAAAAUUCAAAACUACCCUUCAAUUUAAAGUGGAUAUCUAUGGGACUAUGUCUGCAAAUCCGAUAUUUCAUCUACCUACCGAAGACGAGGUUCUGUCAUUCAGACAAAAUUAGAAUGAUUUACAGAUCAUUCACCAGUUCAUCAUCAACACCGGCAUUGUUUCUUUUGAUGUUUUCUCCUCAGAAAGAAGAAGAAAAAUCCAAAUAAAGAGAUAAAAAGGAAGAGAGUUUAUUGUUUAUUUGGUAGUAUGAUAUGUUCUAGGCCUAUGUUCUUCAUAAAAAAAAAACACAACUUUAGUUCACCCGCUUAGAUCGGAUCCAAUUCCCCGCUUCCAAAUUUCCUACCUUUGAUUUCACCCUCUGGAUUUUGCCUUUUCAUCAUCCUCAGUAACAGCAAAAAUUAGCGAAUUCUAAAAAAACCCCACCGAAAACAGAGUAAAAACGACGCCUUUGAAGUUUUCAAAGACGAAAGCUUUCACCUUGAUGAUCGUUGCAUGAGGGUUUAGGCUCCAUAUCUGAACCGGAUUUUUUUUCUUUGUGGGUGGUAAAUGGGAAACGUGACGUCAAAUGUGGCGGCAAAGUUUGCGUUUUUCCCUCCAGACCCGGCGACGUACCAAGUGUGUAGGGAGCAGGAUGGAAGGGUGGUGUUGUCGGGGUUGACGGUAGAUAAGAACGUGGAUGUGCAUUUGCUGGAUACCAAAGCGGGAAAUAAGGUCGUCGCCACCUUCUGGAAGCACCCUUUUGCCCGGUUCACGCUAUUGUAUUCCCAUGGCAAUGCUGCAGACUUGGGUCAGAUGCAUGAGCUCUUCAUUGAGCUCAGAGCACACCUUCGAGUUAAUAUUAUGAGUUAUGAUUAUUCAGGAUAUGGAGCCUCAACUGGAAAGCCGACUGAGCUCAACACAUAUUAUGACAUUGAAGCAGUAUACAACUGUUUGAAGAGCGAUUAUGGAGUUAAGCAAGAAGAAUUGAUAUUGUAUGGCCAAUCUGUUGGAAGUGGUCCGACUUUGCACUUGGCUUCCCGAUUACAAAGAGUGAGAGGAGUUGUCCUUCACAGUGCCAUCCUUUCAGGCAUAAGGGUCUUAUAUCCUGUCAAGAUGACAUUUUGGUUUGACAUUUUUAAGAAUAUAGACAAAAUACGACAUGUCAACUGUCCAGUUCUAGUUAUACAUGGAACAGAUGAUGAUAUUGUUGAUUGGUCUCAUGGGAAGCAGUUGUGGGAGCUUUCCAAGGAGAAGUAUGAUCCUUUAUGGGUCAAAGGUGGUGGCCAUUGCAACCUUGAGACUUAUCCUGAGUACAUAAAACAUUUGCGCAAGUUCAUAAAUGAGAUGGAGAGGCUCUCCCUUACAAAACCAGUGAAAGAACUCACUUCUGUCUCAAGCAUUUCAGAAACUAAACACAACAAAUGCUUGAGAUUUGGGAAAAGAUAGCCUGAUACAAGAUGGUAGUGAUCAAAACAUGUAGUUAUAUUGCAGUAUGAGCCCAACCCCUAGAAUUGGUGUUGCCUGCUUUUCACUCCAUGCACCCAGUGAUUGUCAUCCAAGGUUAUUGUGCUUGGUUUUCCUCUGAGAUUAAGAACUAUUCAGAACUUUAGACACUUCUUUUGAUCCGGAUCCUUGAGAGUGAUCCAAAUCCCGUUCUGAUAAAAAUUUUUAGGUGUGGGGUGAUUGCAUUGAUAUUUCAUUCAUGAGAUCAAAAGUGUUGCAUCAGAAUCCCAGAGAAAAUCUAUCUUGGUGUGGAUUUCAUGUAUAAUUUGAUGAAGUUGGUCUGUGGAAAAACUAUCACCAUUUUUAAGAAAGGAUAUACAUGCGUUUUGUUUACUAUUGACCAUGUAUCUUUUCUUGUCCUCUUUUUCUUUCCUGUACAAUCUUUAGCUUGUU